AACAUUCAGUACAGCUUUAUACCUCAUACAGUACACAACUUCCUAUUUUUUUAAAAAAAAUUUUUGUAAAAGAUGUUCUUGCAACUACUUUUGAACGGUGCUAAUAAGUCUAGGGAAACAAAUUUUAUUCAUAUAACAGAAAAUUAUAAUGUAUUUCAUCUUAAACUAGCUUUGGAGAAAGAAGUCCAAAUUCCAGUAGAAAGACAAGAAAUAAUGUUCCUCGGUUCGAUCCUUGCAGACGAAUUUCCUGUGGCCAAAGCCUACAAUAGGGGUAAAGCGGAUUUGCUAGUGUACGACGGCAAAGUUCUGUUUUGCCAGCUCAAAUUUCGGGAAAAAAAUGAGCUUAUAGAGACGCCUUCGAUCGGGAUGUCUCGCAAUUACGAACAGCUUCAGGACGCUCCACCCCAGUUCGUGGGUUUGGACGACGGCUGCUCCUCGGCCUCAAGUUCUAUUCAAAGUGCCAGUAUCAGCAGCACCUCAAUGUCAAGCCCGACGCAGAGUUCGGCCUGUGCUGCUUCCUCUGAGAAUCCAAUCUGCGAGGAUCCAUGCCAGAUCAACUGCUGCGACGAGGGCGGAGAGGGUCGUCCUCCCUACGCCAGGGUCAUGCCCGAGGACAGACGCUACGGAGUGGUGAUCAGCAACGAGUGCGACCCCUGCGACUGCGACUUUGCCCGCGUCCUGCAGCAUCUGGUGGAAUCCUUCCACACGGCGGUGGACGUGGCCACCCUGGCCUUCAGCGAAUGCACCCCGGCAGUGGCCUUCGAAUGCAUCCUGCUGAUGGUGUGCCGGGACAGCGACACCAGUGACUGGAUCCAGCGUGCCAUGCGACCCAUGGACCCGCCGUACCUCUGCACCACGUUCAUUAAACAUUUCGAGCUGGUGAGGUGCUCCUUCGUCAUCCCCAUGAUCGUCGAGCGGGAGCUGUGCCGCAUCUUCCACAUCAUGGAGAAGCAGAACUGCGGUCUGGAUCUGGGCAAGUGGUGCGUGGUUCGCAAGACUGCUCUAGACCCCUGCUCCCCGGACUACGCAGCGAAGGUGAUCUUCGAUGGAGCCACUAACUACGAGUUGGUAGUCUACAUGGACGAAUGCUCGAAGAGUUACAUUGAGAACCACUGCGGGAAGAUUGUGUACCUGAUGUGGCACCUACCCGUCGACUUUUCCGCCGACCUGCCAUGCCAAUGAAGUCGAUUCGAUUCCGAGGAUCUUGUGUUUGCAGAUGUAGUCUAUGUUUGUUUUUGAUAGUGGACUCCUGCGCGUCGUCCUCCACUCCGUAGAGUUCCUUACUUCACAGAGCCCAAAGUGCAAAGUGAAAUGAAGUCCCCGUUAUCAGAGACUUUCCUCGAUUGUGAGGAGGUUAAAGUUAUUCUAAAAAAGGAUAUGGCUUUUGGGACAGGAAUUGGACUGGAUUGAUCGCGCGGUAGAGAAACCGCGUCAAUAAAUAAAAUUAAAAGUAAAAUGGUUAUAGCGCUUAGAACGCCAAAUGAUUUUAAAAAAAUGUUUAUAUAUUUAAAAAGUUUUUAUGAAAGAGAAUGCCUUCGACAGCA